CUUGGAGGCAAAAUGGCGACUUGAAAACAGUGAAUUUGAAAAUGAGUUCGUCUCAACAAGAGCUCGAGUUUCCUUUUGAUUCGGAAGAGGAGUAUGAAUUAAUUCUCGGGGAAAGCUUCCUUUCAAGCCGUCCAAAUACUGGCUUUCAUACGAUACGAUGUAAGACGUGUUUUGAUUGUUUAUAUUUCAGUUGUAAUAUUUUCAUAAUUUGGUUUGAAUUCAGAUUUUCAUCACAAAAUUUGUGAAAUCAAUAUUAUGAAAUAUUAAGGCAGAUAAUUUUAUAUAACCUGUGAAAGGAUCGUAAAGUACAACUUAUUACAAGUCCUCAUUUCAAAUACUGAUAUUUAUCAAGUGGUUUUAAGAGCCUUGUGUGCUGGGAAUAAACUUCUUCAGUGAUGGGACUGAUGUCUGAUGGGAGUGAUAUAUUAAUAUUUCAAGGGCACACCGCUACAGGUUGCCAAAAUUGAUGGCCUGGGCAGAGAGUCUCUCCAAUGAGUGGCAGAACUCUUCGGUCCUAUUAAAGAAUGCCCGGAGAGAUUCGUUGAAUGCCCGGGAGUCAGGAAAGAAUGCCUAGAAUGAACUCUUGUUAGUUAUGCACCUAUCAAUGUUUUCCCCCUGAGGGGGGUGCGGGCAACCCAGGGGAAUUUUGACAUUUUUAAAAUUUUGUCGUCAAAAUCCCCACUGUUGGGCAAGGAACGGCUGUCAAAAUUCCCCACUAUAUUCCUAAGAUAACAAGGCACACAUAUGCUUUCCAUACGAUAUGAAGAAUUAUCAAGCCCGAAAUUUGCCAUUAUCAACCGAAGCUGAAGGCUAAGGUUGAUAACGGCAAACUGAGGGUUUGAUAAUUCUUCAUAUUGUGCGAAAACUGAAUUCAAUAAUUGUUUUGUUAUUUAUUUUAAAAAUUCAAAACAAACAUUUGUAUUUUAUUUGUAUUAAGAAAAAAAUCCUUAGUCCUUCGGCAGCCGUCGUCGCGUCAUAUCAAAUUGAAUGGCGUCAGCGAGUCAAUAUGAUUCUCGUCGUCAUUGUAAUAUGGCGCAAACACGUCCAAAUUUUUUUCAUAUUGUUGACUCAUUUUGCUAAUAUGAAUGUGAAAAAUGAAACGUCAUUUGCUAAUUAUGAAUGUGAAAAAUCCAUAUUUGGUUAGCCAUUGAGUUGAUAUGACAAUUUCACAGUUGGCUGUUAGCCAAUCAGAAACCAGGAUUUUUUUAAAUAAAUAAUAAUAAUAUCCCGGGCAUUCUUUCCCGACUCCCGGGCAUUCUUUCCCUACUCCCGGGCAUUCUUUCCCUACUCCCGGGCAUUCUUUCCCUACUCCCGGGCAUUCUUUCCCGACUCCCGGGCAUUCUUUCCCGACUCCCGGGCAUUUUUUCCCGACUCCCGGGCAUUCAACAAAUCUCUCCUGGCAUUCAACAAAUCUCUCCUGGCAUUCUUUAGUAGGACCUGAACUCUCCCCUUGAUGAGUAAAAUCAUCUGGCAUUACAUUUCCUGGACAGAGUCAAAUGAUAGAGUAGGACACAACCUUGGGUUAUUAGGAUGUGCAUUAGCAAGGGUGCAUUCCAUGUAAAUAUCAAGAUUCUUGUAUGUUCCGCCCUAUUCUCGCUCAUAUUUAUUUCACGUCUUCGUAAUUUAUGAUAUGGCGGCACAAGAACCUCAGGAACCAGGGUAGAGGACAUAUACUGUAGUUGCAUUUUCGCAGCUGUUCUAUCACCAAUAUUUCAAAAAUUUCACUUUUAGGGACUAAAAUCCCUGUCUUUGAGUAAUCUCAUGCCAAAACGCCAACAAAUUUUGUAUUCUCCCGCUGGAGAUCUCCGGCAUGGAAUGCAUGGAAAUGGAAUGCACCCUGGUUGGCUGAUUGAAAAAAAAAGUAGGGUUCAUCAAGGUGCAACCCUUUCAUAUUUACUGUACAUAUUAAAUUGCUCUCUUCCAUGACAUUUUUUAAUAAAAUAAUGACUUUCAUUGAUAAAUAAUUAAUUUGAACUACAUGUAUAAAUGAAUGUAGAUGAUUUCAAACCAGCAUCAGUUGAUACGUCACAAGCAGGAAGUCUUGAUGUUGGCAAAGGAGGUGAAGUAAACGUCUCACUCCCUAAUACACAGGUACUAUGUUUUCACUCUUUCAAUUUACUCUUAUUCCACCCUGUUUGUGGUAACUCUGUACUAGGGAAUUACUUGGACAAGAAAAAACCCCAGUAAACUUGGGUAUACACUAGCAAUUAAUGCACCAAAAACACUUUGAUGUUUCGAGCAUGGCCAGUUUUUGAAGGGAGAUUGGUUGCACCUACCCUAACAAUUUUGUCACUUUUCACUUCUAUUAAUUUUGUAACCAUCAUCAUACAAUCAAAAUUCAUAAAAUAUUAGGACACUUAUAUACAUUAUUAUCUACAGUACAUUACAUGCUCCUCAAAUUUUUAGUAAUACGGUUGUGGCACAUACCGGUACAGUAUUUGAGGGCACCGGUACUUUUUAUGUCAUAACAAGAAAUAUUAGCAACAAAAUAUACUAUAGACUGAAACACUGAAAUGCAGGAGAAAAAGUACCCUGAGCUUGUUAAAAAUUGCAUCUUCGUACACUGUUUGCCUUCUGCAGUUGGGCGUCGCCAAGAAUUUUUCAGACAGUGCUUCAAUUAAAUGUGUUAUGUUUGACUUAUGAAUAGUUACAGCGUUUAUGGCUCUGGCACACAACAUGCAUAAUUUUGCCCUCAGAUGCAGUGCUCAAUCAGGGACAGCGCUUGAAAAUGUCAAAGUGUUUUUAAUAUAUAAAGUUUCAUUUUCCACCUGAUACUGGAACCCCAAGGGUUUCAAUAUAUUUGAAUGAAUUCUGAUCAAUUGCCAUGAAUCUGGAAAAAUUCUUAAAAAUACCUUUCUACCUAGUUUCCUGUUCUGGUUAAUUACCUGGGCUGUGUUACUAUAUAAAACUUCCCAAUCAUAUGAUUGUGUUUGAUAGGACUCAGGCACGACUGUGUACAGAGGAUCUAAGAAACCUUGUCCAAAAGAAUGUGUUCUGGUUGUUGACAGAGGGAAGAGAGUAAGGAGAGACUUGUGUAUUGUUGAAAGUGAAUUGUUCAUUUUUUAACUAAUAUAUAAUUAUACUGUAUAAUUAUACACGUUUUGGUAAAUCAUGAAUCUUACUUUUUAGACUAUAACAUUAGAACGGCUGGCUAGCACGGUCCAGCUAAAGAAAAUAAGGUAUAUAUUUGGUUAA